AUGACUUCCGCUGAAUCAUUCGCCCGAAUCACUUCUCUGUCCGUCCAGGAUGUAUUCGUCAGUUCUGACAGUAACGAGCUUCGUGCACAAGUUGAAGUCACCAACGACUCGGAGCUGGCUCAUUCGGCACAAGUGGUCUUCCGCGGUUACAUAAGGAAAGCGGAAAAAUUGGUGUACGAGUUUUUGCACGAACAAGCUUGGAUCCUCGUUGAAGCAAAAGGAACGAAAACACAUGAAGUAGCAGUAGAUGUGUGGCUUCCCCGCUUUCCGCCUACAAUGAAAAUCUGCGACGAUAUGUGUGUGGAAUAUUCCGUCAGAGCUACUGUAGAUCCAUGGUUUUUGAAUCAUCAUGAAGAGAAGACAUUUCGUGUAGAAAGAACGUUAGUUCUGAAGAUGCCACACAUGGCCUGUUACCAGCAGCACAUAAAAGUUGACAGAUGCGUUACCCAUGGUGGAUGGUAUCACCGGAAAUGCAAGGCUAUCAACGGCGAUAUUUGGGUGGAUAAAGGUGCGUAUUCUCAUGGCGAAAAAGUGAAGGUAAAAUGGCAGCUUCAGCUCGACAUGGAUACAAAGCUAGAGAAAGUGAAGCUGACACUUGUCCAAAACAUUGCUUAUAGAUUGCCUGGGCCGGAUCAUCCCUGUCUCAUAAAAAGCAUCAAACAAAUUACUGCUUCACAAGAAAUUUCCGGAAAGAAAGAAGACCAAUCAAAAGGUGAACUCCUAAUACCCGAACAUCUCCCUGUCACUAUGGCAAUGACGUUAUGGAAUGUACUAACAAUGCGAUACGAGCUUGUCUUUCAAGUAAAAUUAGAGGGACAUCGCAAUUUGGUGGACUUCAACAUCCCAGUCAUUAUCACAAGCGAACCGGUGCAGGGUCGAGGAACCACACCCGGCAGUGAGAUAAAGCUAUUCAGAAGAACACAGGACAUCGACGACAACACGGAUGAUGACGACGACUGUGACUCUGUGUUGGACCUUAAUCUCUCAGCUCCACAA